CACCAGCGCGCAAACCUCACCCCCAUCUUUCUUUCUCCAAGCCCUCUCUCUCUCUCUUGCUUCCCUCCUCUUCCCCCUCCCCCCUCUCCACCACCCACCCCUUUUCCUCUUCCCCAAUUUUAGAUCCAUUUCCAGGCUCUGUCCUUAGAACUGCCACAAUGGGUGCCAUUCCUGAAGCCGAUCCCGAUGAGCCCCAGGAGACCAAGCCCUUCAAGUUCGUGACAGCCGGCUAUGACGCCCGCUUCCCCCAGCAGAACCAGACCAAGCACUGCUGGCAGAACUACGUCGACUACUACAAGUGUGUCAACGCCAAGGGCGAGGACUUCCGCCCAUGCCGCCAGCGAACCUAUCACAACAACAGCACUAAUCAUCUUGACUACCAGUUCUACCACGCUUUCCGCUCCCUCUGCCCCAAGGCCUGGACUGACCGGUGGGAUACCCAGCGCGAGGCUGGAAACUUCCCCGCUCGCCUGGAGUAGAAUGCUAGAAAGCUAAACAAAUCCAUGUUAAAGUUCUUUAUGUGCUUUUGUUUUAUUUUGGUCAAACAAAUGUACUCUACUACCCUGAUUCGGAGCCCAACCCCUCCCGAAUUGAACAAACCAAGCGGGAAAUGUUUUUUUUCUUUUUCUUCCUUGCCUUCUCGUUGAUCCA